ACUUGAGGACAGUAAAGAGACGACUGUCUCCGCUCCCGCUUACAAAGAGGGCACUAAAGUGACGACUGUCUUCAUUCUUGAUUACAAAGGGUACAUUCGUGACGAAUGACCCAAAACAUACGUAUUACGAUCAUCCAGGAGGUUAACUAUUAGAGGAAAUAGCUGUCUUUUUCAUAUGUAUUGACUCUUUGUCGAACUGCUGGGUAUUGCCCCGUUUUCAAAUGUUUUCUUAUAUUAUUUUAACUCAAUUUUUCUGGUUAACAAUUCGGUCCUUUUUAAAAUUUGUUUGUUAGUUUAAUCUAAAGAGAAGAAAUAAUGUUUUUGUAUGUUGUGAUAUCAGUGUUGCCAUAUUAGGACAUACCUACAUAGGUAAUUAAAAAAAGCCUAACUUUUGGUCCAAUCUGUUUCUACUUUAAAAUAAUGUCAAAAAAAGAAAACAUUUUUUUUAAAUUUUGUGUGACAAAAAUUUUGCCAUAUUUACUAAAAAUAUUUGUAAAUUAUAUAUUUGUGUUAGUUGAUUCAAAUUUGAAAUAGCACAUAAACUUCAUCAGUCAUAUUUUUUCGUGCUAUUAUUUUUUAAUAUAUGACUUUAUGACGGCAGUGUGAAUCCCCCAAAUAAUUGUUGGGAUCAUACUGUGGGUUCGCAAUGGGAUAUCGCUAUGUUAUAAAAAAGAUUAGACCUUUAUAUUUAGCUUUUACUUGUAUUUAUUCUUUGUCCAUUUUUAGAAUAAGCGCAGCAACGUUUUAAUGUUUUUAAAGUCAAGAUGCUAACAUCUUGAUGUCAAAAAACGCGAACUCGAACAUCAAAGGCACUAAUGAAGUCUAAAGAGAAGAAUUUAUAUUUACAAAUUAAAAACGUUCUAUGUAAUGAAAGCUGAAUUAAAAAUCGAUUUGAAAAUCUAUUACUGCCCCUUGGAAUUAUAGAACGUUAAAACGACAAAGAUCCUAUUACCAUAAUGACAUCAGUAUGAGGAGCCUUUUCUGAAUGAGCAGAUCUUUAGACACUAAUGAAGUCUAAAGAUAAGGAAACUCUAGGAAUUUAACCUUACAAAUGAAAAACGUUCUAGGUAACGAAGGUUGAAAUAAAAAUGGAUUUCAAUAUCCAUUACUGUCCCUCGGAAUUAUGCAACGUUGAAUAGAAUAAUAAAGAUUUUUUUACCAUAAUAACAACAGUACGAGAAGCCUGCUCAUUUAGAGCAGAUCGAAGAUUAACGUUUUCAGGCGAAUAAAGAGCAGGUUGAUUGCAUGCAACUCUGAAGCAGUUUCUUUGUCAUUUUAAAAUAUUAAAUUCUAAUAUCUAAUUUAAUUAUAUUUACAUUACUCUGAAAGUAACACGCCUGGCAAACAGAAAACAUUGUUACAGCGUAACUCUUACACAUCAAUAAUAUAUAGAUAUGUAUUUUCAAAAUGAAAAUCGAGUAACAUAAAGUAUAAUAAAUACAAGUAGAAAUUGUGUGGUAACUCUUUUCAAUUUACAAUAAGAAUUUAAAAUAGUGGCAACUCGUUUAAGCUGGCUUAGCCGGCGGUCAGCCGCCGCCGAUUUGAGUCAUUUCGGCUUGUAUCUUUGCGUGAAAUUUGCGAAAUUAGAUGAAAUUUUGUAAACAUUGAACAGCUGUUCCAUAUAAAAUCCAUUAUUGUGAAUGAAUUGUUUCUAACAAGUUCACUAUAUCAACUUUCCCUUGGGGGGAAAUGAAAAUUUCAAGGGAACAAAAUUUUCACUUCUAUUGGCGAUAGGGGUCAAUUAUUGAGUUAUUUAUGUCUUAGCUUAUCGAUACAUUUGUGGGUACUAUAAACAGAAGCACCACGGAUUUUCUUUUUCUCAACAUUUUCAUUCAUCUGCUUUGUAAAUGUAUUUUUUUUUAUUUAUUAAUGAUUCAACGUUUUUUUCUUGUUUUGUUUUCAUUUGUGUUGGUUUUAACUAAUUUUAAGAUGGCAACACUGCUACAAAAAAUAAACUCAAAAACAAAUAUAAUACAAUAGCAGAGUAAAACAAGCAAAAUUUCCAUUGUGUAGACGACAAUCGAUGUUAUCGUUGCCGUCGUGUGUCGUUGCUCAUUCGUUGGGCAGUCAGUAGUCGUCAGUCGUAUACGGUUGUUAACAUUUUGCUUAAAAAAUAUUCUUUCUAUAUUGAAUAUUUUUGCAAUAAAGAUAUUUUCUACAUUAAAUAAUUUUUUAUAGAUACUUAAAUAAAAAUGUCUCUUUAUAUUCGUGCACCAUCUCUCAAAUUAUGAGCGAAACUUUACAUUUUAAAUCAAAACAAUAUAACAGUGUGCGAAUGUGUGUGUUUUACUACAUUACUGUUGUAAUGAAUAAAUAUAACAGCAAAUAAAAAUAAUAAUUAAUAAUAAAUAAAUAUAUAAAAAAAAGAAUAAGUACAAAAUCUAAAUGUAUUACAAAAUCGCCUUCUUCUUCCAAUUGUUAUGAAAAAAGAAAAAAAAAAACAAGAAGAAUUUUAUAAAUUUACAAAUUUGCCUCGUAAACAAUUAAGACUCUCGGAACAACAGCAUAAACAACUAAAAUUUUCAUAUAAAAAAAAAAAUAAACGUAACCAUUUGGAGAAAAAAAAACAAUAACAUUGUUAUUUUAUUGCUAACUUUGCCAAUCAUCUAUAGUUAUCAUCUUUAAAUAAAAAAAAAAAUAGAACAAAACCAACAACAAACUAAAAAUUUAUAUCAACAAUUGAGAAAAUGAGGAGCUGUUGUAUUGCAAACAAAAUCUAUGAACUAUGACGCAUCAAUCACAUCAGACUAACGGCGCUAGUUUGGAGGAUUGCCAUACAAACUUUUUUGCCUUGACUGAUUUAUGCGGUAUAAAAUGGCGCAAAUUUGUUAACAAUGAGCGACCAAAUGCAUCCAGUGAUCCACUGGAUGAUCCCAUCUUACGCUCCUAUUCAAGAUGUAUGCAAGCAGACAUUCUAUGUGUUUGGAGACGUGUUCAGUCUACCAGACAAGAUAACUCGGAUCCAAGUGCAAUGUUUGAUGUUAACACCUCAAAAGUACAUCCACCUCUAUCGCUAGCGGCCGCCAAAGAAUUAUGGAUAUUUUGGUAUGGCGAAGAGCCAGAUCUUGCCGAUCUGGUGGAUGCGGAAUUAUUAAAAGUGGCUGACAAUCAAAUGAUGUGGAAUGGCACAUGGGAACGUGGUCUAACUUAUGAAUGUCGUUCAUUACUUUUUAAGGCACUUCAUAAUCUUAUCGAAAGAUUUGUGCUUACAAAAGAUAUUGUACGCUUUGGCAAAUGGUUUGUUCAACCCUGUACUUCAAAUGAACGAAUAUUUGGAAGAAGCUCUCAACAUUUAUCAUUCUCAUUUACAUUCUUUGUACAUGGAGAUACUGUAUGUGCAUCCAUUGAUUUGAGAGAACAUCCAGCAGUGCGUCCAUUAACCAAAGAACAUUUAACUGAAGCUGCCGCUGCAUUUGCAGCCGCUGCCUCAAAUGCAAAUUCACCUGAACAACAAACAUCACCAAAUUCACCCAAUGCUGCAGCUGCUCAUGCAGCAGAGGGUAUUAAAAAUGAAAAUGCAUCAUCUAAUAAUAACAAUAACAAUAAUAAUAAUACCAGCAACAAUAAUAGUAACAACAAUAGCAGCAGCAGCAACAAUAACAACAACAGCAAUAGCGUUAAUCCAAAACCUCGUAAAGUAAUAUUGGCACCAUUUGGUAUGGCAGCCACUCUAACGGGCAACAGUUAUAAAACAAAUGAUCCAAUGGCGGAAAAAAUACUUGAUGACUGGGCUUCAUUUUUCCCAUUGUGCAAUAAAGAGAACAGUGAUGUGCCGCCAGUUGUAGAAGUUAUAGCUGGCGGUCAUAAAAUGUAUCAUCCAUCAAUUUAUGUACUAGUCACUGAUUUGGAUGAUAUGGAAGAAAUGGAAGCAGCUGCCUCUCAAAAGUGUCCUCUCGGUACAUCUUCAUCAGCGGAAGCUGCUGCUCUGGCAGCACUUUCAUCGGCUAAUCAAACAACGUCUUGUAGUGGUGGUGGUGGUGGUAACACCCACAAUAAUCACAGUUACAAUGACUCUAGAAAACCUCUAAUGGAAAAUUUCUCCAAUAAUAAACUACCAACCAUAAAUGGAACAAAGUCAUCUUUGGCUCAUAUGGUUGAACGUUUAAAAAUAGAUCGCAGUAAAGUUCAACCGUAUUAUGAUACACAAACACGUAAUUUUACCUGCAAUACGACAAAUAUUCAUGCCCCGCCCCAGGCAGCAUGUGAAAUGCCUGAAAGAGCUUGGCAAGAUUGUGUCACAAAUGUUUUGCAUGUUCAACAUAGUUUAAAUGGCACAAUUCUGUCCACCUCCUCCUCUUCAAAUUCAUUAGCAGCCAACACCAACAACUCAUCCACCUCUAACACAACUUCCUCCAAUACGUCAACAACAUCAGCCGUAACAACUACAACGUCAUCUUCGGGCAUUAAUAAUAAUGAUAAUAAUGCUACGACAAGCGAAGGAAUGGAUCAAACGGAUAAUGUUUCAAAUAGUGUUGACAUUAAACCAAAUACUUCAACUUUAUCUCAAAAGCAACAGCAACAACAGAUUUGGGGUUUUGUGGAUCCUACACAAAAAGCUCCAUGUAUAUGCACAAAUUUUCAAUUUAGCUCAAAAUCAACGUCAGCAGUUACUGCAUCCUUUUCAACAUCGGUAAACUUUGCCGCAAGUGUUAAUAUGGGUGUCACACCAACAACUAGCGUUGGCUUAUCGUCUUUGAGUCCUUCAUCAACGUCUGCCAUGGCAGCUGCGGUAGCUAUGCGUUUAGGCAGUAGUUCCAUGUCAAUGGCUUUAAAUAAAACUCAUACAUUUGGUUCGUCUACUUUGCAUCACAAUCUUACACAUCCACAACAACAACAACAUCAACACCAAUUCAGCAGUGGUAAUGCAGCCGGAGCCGUUAGUCAUUAUACAAGACCAUCUACACCCUUAAGUCAACAACAGCAGGGCGAUAAUAUAAAAACCAACUCAUUACGUUUAAAAAGAAUACCAUUUCAUAAACGACAUUUGGAUAUUAUUGAUCAUGAUUGCUGCGAUGUUGUAGACAAUAUUGACGCGUCACAACAGCAACAACGCAGCACUUCUAUUCGCUUUUCGAAUACAGCUAUAACAACAACAAAUACCAGCCAAAAUAACAAUAAUAAUAAUAAUAGUAGUAUAAAUUCUAAGAAUUCUUCCUCCUCUCAAUUCACUACCAAUAAUAAUAAUACUACUACUACCACCAACACCACGACCACUUCUUCAAAUAAAUCCAAUAAUCCUGCCGCUUGUUAUUCAGCAUCAUUUAAUCAAAGUUCUUCUUGCUCUUCAGACACUAUACCAAAACAAAGGUCAUUGACUUCAUCACAAACACCGUCUUCUGGGCAAACACCUGGUCAUGGUACACCAUUACAAGGUGGUAUCUCAAGUUAUUCCCGCAAUUCAUUAAUUGAUUGUAUGCCAAUACCAUCAGUGGGUUCACCAGGUACACCCGCUGCAUCACCCCAUCCAAAUUCAGCAUUAUCUCAGCCAACAUCAGUACCACCAGCCGAUCAACUUUUAUCAAUGAGUCCACGUGCUCCCACAUCAGUAUCGAAUUUGCAACAACCUCCCACACCAAUAGAUCAUUUAUUGGAUAAAAAUACUCCAGCUCCUACUCCAACAGAUCAACACGAUAAUAAGAGUAUAACAGCAUCACCUUACGUUCAUCCUACGCCAAGUGUAGAGCCUCCCCCAUCAGUGGAAGGAAUGCACAAUACUAUUGGCGGUGGAGGUGUUGGCGGUAAUAUGGGUCCUGGUAGUGUGCCACCACCCUCAAGUGUUGGUCGUUGUACACCUACUCCUCAACAGCAACAGCAACAACAGCAUCAGCAAUGUGGUUCCAUUUCUGUUAAGAAAUUUGAUUUACAACCUGCAUCCUUACCCACACCCCUUAACAAUGCUAAUAUGCAUAUGUCAGGAAAUGCCACGAGCAGCAAUUGCCCAACUAACAAUUCAAUUGAUAUUAAACUUGAGUCCACAGCCAACAGCAACAACAUCAAUAAUCCCAACUGCAUUAUGAACAGUUCGGUUUUACCAAAUAACAACGUGAAUAGAAAUGAAUCCCCACUGUCUUCAGCCACAAAUGCAAUGCAAAAUUUUUUGAAUUUAUAUAAACCGCCAAAAAUCAAUGUUAAAGAUAUUGAUUCGGUCGCUAAUGAAGAUUGCCUCAAGUUAGAUGUACUUUAUGAUUUUACUGUACAAAAUGCUUGGGCUAAUCAUCCUGUUAAACGUUUUAAACCCAACGAAAUCUCAAAACAAUGUCGAGUAAUGUGCACAAAAAAGCUCUAUGAAGGUCAUACGCACACAAAACCUCGAAUGCCUUCGCCUCGUUCAGUUUACGGAUCGCAACUAUCUAUAGAUCCCACAGCAGCAAUGGCCUGUAAUUCAGGAAAUAUUGAUCCAAACGUCAAUAUGGGUACAGGUUUAGUGGGAAUAGCGGCAAGUGGCAUUUCGUCGUCAUUGGGAAACAAUCAAAUUGAUUGCAAAAAUAAUGACAGUUCGAUGAGUUCUGGUAUUGGUGGCGGUGGUAUGAUGGGAGGAGGUGUUAAUUCCUCUGUAUCGGGAAAUUUCUUUGAAGAACUUGAUAUAAAAACCGAAAUGAUGUCUGGCAUGGGUACUUCAUCGACGUCGCCGUGUAAAGAUUCGAAGAGUGGCAUAGGUGGCAAUCUCUUUACCGUAGAGGGCUUAAAUCCUUCCCCAAAUGAUUUAGAACAAUUGUUCGAGACUUCCUCCAAUGAUGAAUGUGGAAGUGUACAAAUACACACGCCGCCAGAUUCCAACAAUCCAUCAAAUGGUUGUGCCAUCACCACCAAUACUAUUGAUGAAUUGAAACGUACAACAAAUACCGCAUUAGUGGGCACCGCUGGUGUUCAGGGAAAUAGUAGCGCAGCAACCAACGCCGCUGUUAUGGCUGCUCUACAAAAUUGUAAUAACACCAAUACUUCCGCAGCGGUUGUAACGUCUUUAAACAAUAGUGCCGGUAGUCUGUCAUCGGGCCUAGGUGGUGGUAUUGUUGGUGGUGCAAAUACCAUUCAGGCUGAGGACUUGACGAAAAUGUUUCCUACACCGCCCUCUCAUGAACAGCACCAUCCGAAUUCCAGCCCUUGUCAAAUGGACAUACAAAUGACUGAUCUAAGUGUCAUUACAUCGUCGACUAUAAUGGGCCAGACACUAGAUACCUGUUUGGGUAUAAGUGGUAUGCUAAAAAUGAAGCAGGAGUAUUCUAUUGAACUGGGCAGUCCCGUGGAAGAGCCUAUAGAAGAUUGGUCAUAUGUGUUUCGGCCACCGCAACAGGCGAAAUUUGUGGGUUCCUCGAAAUAUGCACCACUAACAAAUUUGCCCAGUCUAACCAUGCCACCUUUGGUUAUACCGCCCAACUGUCUAUACAAACCGUCGUGGCAGCAGCCCAGAAAUACCCACCAACAGCAACAACAACAACAACAGCAACAUCAAUUGCAGCAGCAACAGUUACAGCAUCAUCAGCAACAACAGCAGCAGCAACAACAACAACAUCAACAAUUGCAUGAACUGUUGUCAGCGGCUCCUCGAACACCCUUACAACAACAGCAGCCACGUACACCAUUAGGUCCUAUGUCUUCGUCGCCUAUGCACAAUACUGUACCUACUCCACUUAAUAGUGGAGGAGGUGGUGGUAGCUUAUUGUUAAAUCAACUGAAUUGUCCGCAGGCUGCUCUCACCAAUACCCCACCAACUAUGCAACAACUAAUGCAGCGUCCUGGUAUGUCACCUAUAUCACCUGCAACACAUGUGCCGUUCCCCCACACGAGCCCCAUGAUGCAUCAGCAACAACAAAGACAAACACCCAUACAUCCGCCACCUCCAUACGAAGUUGCCGUCUCCAGUCCUGCCUUAUCUACAGCUUCUUCGACUCCAGCGUAUCUCAACAGACCGUAUCAUUCACAAGAGCCACCGCAAACACCACAAAGUGUUAACAAUCAAAUGCAGACCAUUGGUGGGCCACACAGUGUACCGGGUGGUAAUCGCGAAACCCCCAGUCUGGGAUAUUAUGCCGGAGCUGGUAGCAGUAAUAGUAACAGCAAUAGCAACUCCAUAACGCACGGACUGCCCGAAGUGAGUUCGGUAAUUGUUAAUAUUCUGCUAUACGAUACGGCAUUGAAUGUUUUCCGUGACCACAACUUUGACAGCAGUACGGUGUGUGUUUGUAAUGCGGAUAAUCAACAUUUCGGUAAUAUACGUGGUUCUGAUUCGGGGGUAUAUGUGCCGUUGCCGGGUACUACUUUCAAUCCCACAUCAUCAUCAUCUUUGGCAACGUCGUCGAAUGCAUUACGUGCCCUAAGUGCCUUUGGUUCGGUGGGAUUAGGAGGAGGUUUAGGUGGAGGCGGAAUUGCGAAUUCGCUCGACUCGCCCGCCUCGUUGGCUGGAGCAGGCUCCAGUUCUUCCACAACACCCUCUACCACAACGCCAGCCAAUAAUGCACAACAAUACAUCACCGGUUAUGUGGACGAUGAUGCUGUAGAGUGCACCUGUGGUUUCAGUGCCGUCAUCAAUCGACGUUUGGCCUGUAAAGCGGGUCUAUUCUACGAAGAUGAAAUGGAAAUAACUGGCAUUGCCGAAGAUCCCGGUCGCCACAAAAAACAUUCCUUAUUGACGUUAAUAACUACGCUUACAUCGAAGGCCAUUAAUAAUAACAACAAUAACAAUGGAGUUAUAGACAAGUCAGUGGAACAGGUGGCGUAUUCCAUAUUUGAUUUACUGCUUGAACAGUGUUCCAUUAUACAAACGUCUAGCAGUGCUAUACAUCGUUCUUUACAACGUCACCGACGAAGGUUGGCGAAAAAAUCACAAAAACCCCAAUCGGUAGCAGCCAUUGCCAACGUGCUAGAGUACAUCGAUGCCAAUGAUAUUAUUGCCUUGGCUUUGGAACAAGCCCGUUUGGCAUUUGAUAGCACACGCAUGGAUAUUAUGGAACAACAAGUUGUACCCUUCUCUACUCACCGCAAGCAAACAGGAAACAACCAGUUGGCUUUGACUUUAACGGGGCGAAUAAAUGUUCACAAAUGGCCUUAUAUAUCGGUGGGUUUUUCGCGCAGCAACAAAGAUAUCGUCUCAACCAUGAAGUCCGUGCAACCCAUGCUACAAAAUGCAUUCCAUUCAAAAUCUCGCAAUGCUGCCGGCGCCAAAGAUGCCACAUACAUUGUCAAUGGUCCUUUGACGUGGCGGCAAUUUCAUCGACUCGCUGGUCGAGCUUCCGGACAAUGUGAACCUCAGCCUAUACCUUCGGUUAUAGUUGGUCACGAUAAAGACUGGAUUUCGGUAGCUCCAUUAGCGAUUCACUAUUGGGAUAAAUUUCUACUCGAACCAUACUCAUAUGCCAGAGAUGUGGUCUAUUUGGUAAUGGUGCCAGACAACGAUUAUAUCUUGAGUAAAACGAAAACCUAUUUUAAGGAAUUAAGUAGCACUUAUGAGAUGUGCAAACUGGGUAAACAUGCACCAAUUUGUGGCUGGAAUGGCAUGUUAACUGUACAACAAAGAUCGCCGACAGAAAAACCAUUUACAACAACCAUAGACAAUUGGUUGCGGUCCAUAGACGACACCGUACUGGCAGAACAAUUAAGACUUUAUGCAUAUGCCUUCCAACAUCAGCUGGCUCCUUACCUUAAUCGGGUACCAAACGAUAAGACUCUACUCAAUCCUCUAGAUAAUAAUACGCGCAACUCGUCAGCAGGCAGUAAUGUUACAGCAUCCUCUACAUCUUCAUCAUUAUCGGGCAAUGGUGGAGGCUCUAACCCUGGCCAGGACAAUAGCGAGCAACGUGGUAACAUGGCAGCUUCCGAUCAUUCCACCAGUAUGGACCAUAGUGGCGGAGACCAUUCCCAACACUCCAGCCAUUCGGGCACCGACGCUCAAGGAAAUCUAAAUGAAAACAAACCUACAACGGAAAAACCAGAUGUUAAGCCUCCCCUCAUAUUGGGAGAUCCUCUGGGUGUGGCCGAAUGUUUGGAAGAAGUCAAUCCCACGGCUAUAGUACUUUAUGUAGUUGAACCCUUUACUUAUGGUUCUGAUUCGCCCGAUUUGGAAAGAAUGGCAUGCAUUGCCCUGCUACGAAUGUAUUCGGAACUUUUGAAAACCAUACCAGAAUCGGUAAGAUCUCACAUAAAUAUACAGAUAAUUUCGUUAGAGUCAAUCCUGGAGUUGGGAUGUUCACGUAAUCGCAAACGAUUUUCCGAUGAAAUCAAAUGUUUGGCUUUGAACAUAUUCUCACAGUGCAAACGACAUAUGGUACAUGCACAGGCGGUUAAAAGUCUAACCGGCUUUGGCACCGCUGCCAAUGUAGAAGCCUUCCUAAAGACCAAAGACGAAAAGAAUAGGAGACCAUAUAAAAUGUAUACACCACCCUAUAUACUCGCCCCCAUGCAUGAGAAAAACGAUAAAACAGAUUUUUCACGAGCAGCUUUAGGUGGUAUGCGCGGCAAUCCCAACGAUCAAAAAUACUCUGUCAUGUAUUGUAACUACUGCCUGAGUGAAGAUCAAUCUUGGCUACUGGCCACCGUCACAGAUGAUCGUGGUGAAAUGUUGGAGAAAAGAUGCAUCAACAUUGAUGUGCCGAAUCGUACAAGACGUCGUCGUGCCCCUGCCAGACGUAUAGGUCUCAAGAAACUCAUGGACUAUAUAUUAGGUCUAAUUUCACAGACGACACAAACAUGGCGUCUGGUAGUGGGUCGUAUCGGCCGCAUUGGUCACAAUGAACUCAAGUCCUGGUCAUAUUUGUUGGGAAAAUCGAAUCUACAAAAGGUUACCAAACAACUUAAAGAUAUGUGUAAACAAUGUCAACUGAUGUAUCCUCCCACUAUAUUGAGCGCUUGUUUAGUUACCCUAGAACCAGAUGCAAAACUGCGUGUUAUGCCCGAUCAAUUUACACCUGAUGAACGAUUCUCACAGAUAUCCAUACAGAAUCCUUUAUCAACACCACAGGAUGUUACUUGUACUCAUAUCCUAGUAUUUCCCACAAGUGCUGUAUGUUUGUCAUUUACACGUCAAUUCCAAAAUGAAACCCAAGUUGAUCUUGAUGAAGAUUUUAUUAAUUUCGGCAACGAUGAAGAUGAAAAUGAUGUUUUCAAAGAUGCCGAUCUAAUGGAUGAUUUAUUAGGUCAAUGGGAUAAUGGUGGUGGUACAGGUCGCGGCAUGUCUAAUCACAAUAGCCCCGAUCGCAUAGAGGACAAUCGAAGUUGGCAAAGUGUUGGUGGCAAUAAUUUCAAUUCUGCCCAACAUCAGGAUAUUGAAGAGGUCGGUCAAAUAAAUCAACAACCUUUAGCAGUUGGCUAUAUGGUCUCAACUGCACCUACCGGCCGUAUGCCUGCAUGGUUUUGGUCCGCCUGUCCACAUUUGGAAGAUGUAUGUCCGGUAUUCUUAAAAACAGCACUGCACAUACAUGUACCGAAUAUACAAACGCCCGAUGAUAUACUCAACUCAACAAAUGCUCAUUCGUCAGCUACUGAUCAUCCGUUAGACUCUACGCUGACUGCCGAUGUUUUACGUUAUGUACUUGAGGGUUAUAACGCACUAUCGUGGUUGGCAUUAGACUCGAAUACCCAUGAUCGUUUAUCAUGUCUACCCAUUAAUGUACAGACCCUAAUGGAUCUCUAUUACUUGACAGCUGCAAUUACUUAAAAAUACAAGAAACAAAAACAAACUAACUAA